ACAUCACGCAGUGUGACGCAGUGGGUUCAAACACAUGUCAAAGGUAGCCGGCUUUUUUUUUUCCUGAGCUUGAACAUCAUCAUCACGCCGCAGAGCAGCAGCCCUGAAACAAAUACGUUAAUAUUCAGAGUUACUACAGCAACGGCUGUCUUGGUCAGGGUUAGGGUCCACCCGUUUAAGGGGCUGAUGAAGCUAGUUAGCAUCGUUAGCAUAGCUGAUUCACUUUCACCAUCCUCUACGCUCAGUGUCUGAGCUUCAACUUUAACCAGCUUUCAGCGAGGCACCUUGGCAGGAGAAGCUAACGGAGUACCGGGGCGUAACCUUAACACAAACAUACGCCGGUCUUCUCUGGGCAGUGUGUUAGCCGCUAAAACCGUUCUGGUUGGGGAGUCAGGCUGACUUCCUUGUGUCGUGUUCGAGGUCAUUCUGCAGCCCCGUCUAAAACAGCUGCUCCCCGGGAUACGAGCCAUGAAGAGCCUGCCGUACUUCUGCCGAGGAGAGGUCAUUCGAGGAUUUGGAAGAGGAAGCAAAGAACUCGGAAUUCCCACAGCCAACUUCCCGGAUUCGGUGGUGGACAAUCUUCCAGCAGAUAUCAGCACAGGAAUCUAUUAUGGCUGGGCUUGUGUCGGGAAUGGCGACGUUUACAAAAUGGUGAUGAGCAUCGGAUGGAACCCUUACUACAAAAACACAAAGAAAUCUAUGGAGACGCACGUCAUUCACAAGUUCAAAGAAGACUUUUAUGGGGAGAUCCUGAGUGUCGUUCUGUUGGGCUACAUCCGUUCAGAGAGGAGCUACCCCUCACUCGAGGAUCUCAUUGCGGCCAUCAACAGUGACAUUGAAGAAGCCAAGGCUCAGCUGGAGCUUCCAGAGCACAGCAAACUGAAAGAUGACAACUUCUUCACCAGCACCACCACCUCCUCCCCGGUGUCUCCAUCCUCCACAGUGUCCACGUCUCAGAGCAUCAUCAACGGCCACUGACAGCCGGCAGAGACGGCAACGCUUUGUGCUCUGAGCAGAUGAGCGCGUAUUUCAGGAUUUUGAUAUUUACGACCUCUUAAAAUCGGCCAACUGUCACAAACAGCCACCCUGUAGGGUUUUUCUUUUGGUUCUGUGUUAAAGCGCUGUUUACUAGCCUCUCUGGAUUCAUUGCACACAGCCUGUUAAACUGUAUAUAUUCAGAGUUGAUUGUCUGGUUCUUCUGUAUAUUUUUUUAAUCUUUUUGAAGAAAAAGAUAAGAAUCACUACUUUUUUUUUUUUUUUCUUUUAGUUUCAGUAAAAGAUUUAAACCAACCCUAAACGGUGGAAAGUGGAUGAGUCCUCAAGUAAACCUUGUGUACUUAAGUCAACAGUGCCGCAUUAUUAUCCAGAAAAUGAGACUUCGUUAGAGAAUAAGGUUUAACAGUCUUUAUUACCCAUCAUAAACUAUAAGUUGCAAACGUAUGUAACUUUAAUGGUGUUCAGAGCUUUGAUUAUUGCUGCCCCAUCUGUUCUAAAGCCUACAUUUGAUCAGAUUUGUGGUUUUAAAAGCAGAAUAUAUAAAUAUAUAUUAAUAAUUGGAGGCAAGAGCACAGUAGCAACUUGGAGAGUUAUUUAGUUUAAUAAAUUAUUGAUAAAUUGUAUUUUAUCAGUCAUUUUAAGAAGUUUUAGCAUUAUACCCAGGUAGGAUUUGAAUGGACCUUUGACACCAAGGCCUUGGUAUUAUCAACCAAGCUGAUUAAGGUGAAGGUGAAACACAAAACGCUAAGCUUGAAUGACCAAGCACUUUGGGUUUUGUUUUUUUAUUAGGUAUAGUAAAACAUUGAUUAAAAGGAGAAAACCUCAAUGUAUCUGAUAUGUAUAUACAGCAAAAGGCUUUUAAGUUUAUGAAGAUAUUUCUUUUUUACAUAAUCAUACGUAAAUGUUCUCAGAUAAAUUGUUGGCCAUUUAGACAUUUUUUUACCACCUUUUAAAACCCCUGAUUUUUACUGUUUAUUUAGAAUCUGAGAUGACAGGAAAACUGUGGGUGUAGUUUUUACUUUCUCUGUAAAACCUGCCAUGAGUCCUUAAAGCCUACAUCUGUGAUUUCUUUUAAGUAUAUUUAAUUAUUUAAUCUAAUAAAGGCUUGUUAAAAGCA